AUAUCACACAAAUCUCCAGAAACUGUGUCAGAAAACGAAGCGGAUCCAUAAACAUUAGAGCAAGGUUGAGGCCGAAACAUUUUGCUGAAAUGUUUUCCAUUAGUAAGAUAACAGCAAGAUGCUUACCUGUAGCCCAACGAGCUCUCUCUACUACAGCGAGCAGAUGUAAAAUAUCAUUCGAACCACCAUAUUUAGAUGCUGGCGGUCCAGAUGUACCAGAGUUCCCCCUAUUAAACGUUCAGAUGGAGGGCUAUGACUUCACUGUUCUUGAACAUUAUGGGAAGUGGGUCCAUAGAACGGCACUUAACAUGGGCAUUGAAGUAGAAGAUAGCUGGGCCACCCCGUGUGAGAAAAUUCACAUCCAGACUUUCAAACCGAGGAGCGUUAAAGUGGAAUCAGAGUAUGAUUUACACGUUUACCAGAGAACCGUGCAACUUGCUGAUGUACCUUCUUACCUCGCACCUAUGUUCAUAGAAGUUGCUCAGGCUGGCCUUCCAGAGGGUGUGAAUUUGACUGUGCAGGAGCAUAUGCCAGAACAUACAGAGGUCCGUUUCAUUCCAGACCUGGAACUUAAAGAACUAAAGAAGCAAUUAGAUUUGCUUGGGGGUCCAUCUAAAACGAAGAAGUAAACCUUAGAUCUAUUACUAUAAAUGUUUGUAUAGAUGCGAAAUGGUAAUUUGAGUAUUGAGUAUGUACAUAUAUUUCUUGUUUAAAUAAAUAUUUGACUUUUUU